AGAGCUUAUUUUAUUCAGUACACCGAAAAUGUUCUUGUCAACAAUAGUACUAUCUGUAGGACUAGGUUUUGCAAUAAUCUACCUAGUUCAUCGAUUGGCCAAAUGGAACGAAUUCAGAAAACAAAUUAAUCUACUGCCUGGUCCAAAAGCUUUGCCAAUUAUUGGUAAUGCCUUGGAACUUUUAGGGUCACAAGAUAAAAUUUUUAAAUCUAUGAGAAAAUUGGCCGCCGAAUAUACUAAAAAAGGAACUGCCAAGCUUUGGUUGGCACAUUUAGCCCAAGUGGGAAUACAAAAUCCGUAUGAUGUAGAGAAGUUAAUUUCAUCUACAAAACACAACUCGAAAAGUGAAUUUUAUGAUCUUCUUCACAUUUGGUUGGGUACUGGAUUACUAACCAGUGAUGGUAGUAAAUGGCAAGCCAGACGAAAAAUAUUAACUCCAUCCUUCCAUUUCAACAUUCUUCAGGAAUUCUUCGUUAUAUUCACUGAGCAAACGGAGAUUUUGGUCAAGGAUUUGAUGAAAUAUGAAAAACAGGAAGUGGAUAUUAUUCCGCCAAUAACCCAGUUUACAUUACACUCAAUUUUAGAAACUGCAAUGGGUACAACCAUGACUUCUGGAAACAAAGAACAAGAAAAAUACAAGCAGGGCGUUUACAAAAUGGGUGAAUUCAUAGUGUAUAGAAUUUCUAGACCAUGGUUUUUCUUUGAUACUCUAUUCGCUUUGACCAAAGGUUUUUGGGAACAAAGAAGUUUGGCCAAAUAUUUACGCAAUUUUUCGUAUAAUGUAAUCAAAGAGAGAAGAGAAAGAAUCCUGAAUAAUUCCGUUAACAAAAAAAAUGAUGAGCCUUCUUCUUACUCCACAAGGAAAAAGCUCGCCAUGUUGGACAUGUUGAUAUCUGCCAACUUAGAAGGUGUAGCUAUUGAUGAUGAAGGAAUUAGAGAAGAAGUUGAUACAUUUAUGUUCGAAGGUCAUGACACUACUUCAAUGUCCAUAUGCUUUACUUUGAUGCUAAUCGCAAACCACAAGGAGAUACAAGACAAAAUUUACGAAGAAAUUUUCUCGAUCUUUGGUGAUUCAGACAGAAAAAUUACAUUCACCGACCUCCAAGAUUUGAAAUAUUUAGAACGAUGCAUCAAAGAAAGCCUCAGGUUGUACCCAAGUGUUCCAAUGAUUUCUCGGAUUACCAGUGAAGAAAUUAUAACUUCAGAUGGUUACAAAAUACCACCGAAAACUUCAGUCAAUAUUUCUAUUUUCGAUAUGCAUAGAAAUGAAAAUUAUUUCGAAAAUCCGGAAGUCUUUGAUCCCGAUAGAUUUUUGCCUGAAAACACACAAAAUCGUCAUCCUUUCGUUUACAUCCCCUUCAGUGCCGGACCCAGAAAUUGCAUUGGCCAAAAAUUCGCCUUGAUUGAGAUUAAGACUGUGAUCACCGGAAUUUUAAGGAAUUAUGUAUUGGAGCCAGUUGACACACCGGAAACAAUAACUUUGAUAACUGAUUUGGUUAUAAGACCUAAAGAUGGUAUAAAAAUAAAAUUUAUUAAAAGGAAAUAAAAUGUUUCUAAAUAAGAUAUUUUGUUUCAUCACACUGGAUUAUUAAGUGUAUAUUGUAUUUUAGUAACCUCUGUAAAUUCGACGCAAUAAAAAAGUAUAUUAAUAUUA